UGGUUAUAUAUAUUUUUUUUGUUUUACAUUAAUUUGAAUCGUCUUCUAACAAAUGGAGUGUGUUUCAGGUUGAUUUGACAAUGAAGGAAAGUAGGAUUAUUUUGGUAUUCAUUUCAGGUGUAUUGAGUGGAGACUGGGGAGUGACAUUCGAGAAUCAGUGUGCCUUGGAAGGGACGACAGUGCUUGUGAGGUGCCAGUAUGAUUACCCUCUUUUUCACAUUGUCACUUCAACUCGCUGGUUUCAAGCCCGGUGGGAUUCAGGCAGGUAUAUCAAAACCUCUGCCACCCCACGCCAUUUUGAAUAUGUGGGCAAGUCCUGGAAAGACUGCAGUCUGAAGAUCCAUAACAUAAAACGUGCUGAUGAAGGACAUUACCUAUUUCAUUUUGUGACGGCACUGAAGAGUUGGACGAGCAAAAAUACACUUUAUCUGUCAGUAAAAGAACUGACCGCUGCUGUGGAGCCAAGCACUGUGACAGAGGGGCAGUCUGUCAGCCUGACUUGCAGGAUCGAUUGCGGCAUGCUGUUGCAUGUCUGGUACCGAGAUGGAAAAGUGGUACCACACCCGUUCUUCCAGGCCAGCAGAAAGGAUUCUGGGAGGUACUACUGUGCUGUCCUCGGACAAGAAAAGAUCAAAUCGGCCUCUGUGGCUCUAAAUGUUCAAUAUGCUCCGAGCAACGUUGUGUUGUCAAUUACGCCACCAGGAGAUGUCAUCAACGGAAGUGCCGUAACUCUCGGCUGCAGCGGCGAUGCCAACCCACCCAUUCCACCAACUGGCUACAGCCUGUAUAAGGGCAAUCAAUUGCUAAGUUCCGGACCAAGUCACACCAUCUCGCUCCUUCAGCCCAGUCACAGUGGACUGUAUCAUUGUAAGGCCUCCAACAAUAUCAGCUUGAAGGGCAUCACGUUUGGUAAAUCGACUGAGCUCAACCUGGAUGUGCAGUAUCUGCCAAGUGCUGCUGAGGGCAGUCGUGUCAACAUGAUGUGCAGCAACACAGCCAACCCUGCCACCCACAGCUACAUCUGGUACAAGUGGACCAGCUCCAGCUCCCUCCUCCAAGUGGGUGCGGGACAGAUGCUGUCUCUUCCCGCCAUGGAAACGCCCCACACUGGAAUCUAUCUCUGCCAGGCCCGGAGCCAACUUGAGGUCAUCAACUCAACGAAAGUCCUACUUUUAAAGGAGGAAAAUAAUUCUGGUCAUCUGUCUGUCCGAAUACUUGCUGGACUUGGAGCCUGUAUCUUUGGUAUACUUGUUCUAGCUCUUCUUUUUCUCUGGAAAAAACAGAGGAAGACAGGAAAAAAGGCGAUGGUUCCUUUUCAAGAAGUCAGCUCUACCGCCACUGAAGAUCAGUCCAAUGGCAUUUAUACCAACAUCAACUUUUAUACAACAUCUCCUCAACCUCUGGCACGAAAAUACUCGAAGAAACAACAUGACAAUGUGAUGCAUGUGUAUGGACACAUGAAAACCAGAUGCCAACGCUCACACCCACAGUCACGUAAUAACCACUUGUCCAUUUCCAAUGAGAAUGAUGAGGUUACCUACUCUACAGUCACCAUUGACGUGAAAAAACCUCAUUCGGACAAAAACAGAUCACAAGAAUCCAGGUGCCAAAUGGGAGAGUCUGCCGACUCAGUAAUCUAUAGCACUGUGGCUAAUUCUAGCUGAGCGAGUGGCAUUUUGUGUGUGUAUGAGGUUUAAUUGGGACCUCAGAGCAUUUAAAUGCAUCUUGUAUAAUUCUACAUAUAAUAUAUAUUAAUGUAAUUGAGUUAUUUUUUUUAAUUUAAAUUUGAUGACUUGUUAAUAAGAAAUUUAUAAUAAAUCUGUGUACUAUAUUAUAUUUUGCAUCAAGGAUAUCGUACUAUGAGUUACAAUUAUAGUUGUGGUGAAAAUGCUCACACGCAGUAGAAAGUACAAAAAAGAUUAAUGAAUAUACAUCCAUCCAUUUUCUGAGCCGCUUCUCCUCACGAGGGUCGCGGGCGUGCUGUAGCCUAUCCCAGCUGUCAUCGGGCAGGAGGCGGGGUACACCCUGAACUGGUUGCCAGCCAAUCGCAGGGCACAUAGAAACAAACAACCAUUCACACUCACAGUCACACCAACGGGCAAUUUUAGAGUCUCCAAUUAAUGCAUGUUUUUGGGAUGUGGGAGGAAACCGGAGUGCCCGGAGAAAACCCACGCAGGCACGGGGAGAACAUGCAAACU